UUGGAAGAGACCUCCAAGAUCAUCCAGUCCAACCUAGCACCCAGCCCUAUCCAAUCAACUAGACCACGGCACUAAGUGCCUCAUCCAGUCUUUUCUGGAAGAUGUGAGCAUUUGUUUAAAAAGGAAAAUAAAAGAGCACUCAUUUUUGUGAAUAGAGGAGUAAAUGAGCUACUGUUGCUUUAAUUUGAAAUACAAAUGUUUGAGGAAGUAGGUUACAACAGUCGUUUCACAUUUGGUUGUUUCUCAAGCUGCAGUCCAGCUGAACAGUAGUGAAAGAGUAGUGAUUACUGUUGUUUUGAGUGAGUUGUGUCAUGUUAUAUUCUUCUCUACACCUAAGCUGCACCAACAAGGAAUCUUUUAUGCUGUUUGCUUCUGCUCCGGUUUACAGUCUCCUCCGAUGACUGAUCUGCCAGAUCUGGAAGCACACAGGAAAUGGCAGGCAGAGCUCCAUCCACAUUCAGAGCAGAAGAGCCCCUUCAGCAGAACCUUCUCUCUCCUUCUCUCUUACAAAUGUGCCUCGUGCAAAGAUGUCAAAUGGAUUUCCAUUUGUCUUGCUCUUUCUGUUUCCUGUGCUGCUAUCAGGAGCUUGGUUUCCCAAAAGUUUACCUUGUGAUGUCAAAGCCUCUGAAGGCAGCGUGAUGGUGGACUGCACCGAUCGGCGUCUCACCGAAGUCCCCAAAGGGAUCCCUGAAAAUGCUACCAACCUUACCCUGAGUAUUAACCACAUCCCCCAUAUUUAUCCAACAUCUUUUGCUCAUCUUGUAAACCUCGUGGAGAUUGACUUCAGAUGCAACUGUGUGCCUGUCAGAAUGGGCCCCAAAGAUAAGGUGUGCACCAACACACUAAAGAUUGAGGAUGGCAGUUUUGCUUCCUUGGCCAGACUGAAGUCAUUGUAUUUGGAUGCAAACCAGCUGCUGGAAAUACCCCGGGGUCUUCCUUCUAGUUUAAGUCUCCUGAGCCUGGAAGCCAACACUAUGUUUUCUAUUCAAAAAGCCAAUUUGUCAGAGCUAGCAAACAUAGAAGUACUGUACCUUGGCCAGAACUGCUACUACCGUAAUCCAUGCAAUGUUUCAUUUGAAAUCGAAGAAACAGCCUUUCUGGAGCUGAAAAAAUUAACAAUUCUAUCCCUGAAGGCUAACAACCUCACUCAUAUUCCAUCCAAUUUGUCCUCUACUUUAAAGGAAUUGUAUAUUUACAAUAACAUGAUCCAAGUGAUUCAAGAAAAUGAUUUAAUUGACCUUCACAACCUAGAAAUUCUUGAUCUCAGUGGUAAUUGCCCACGUUGCUAUAAUGCUCCAUAUCCUUGUACUCCUUGCCCCAAGGGCACAAUUGAGAUACAUCCAAAUGCUUUUAAUUCACUGAAAAACUUGAGAACUUUGCGACUUCACAGUAACUCUCUUCAGAGCAUACCCAGCAGCUGGUUUAAAAAUACCAAGAAUCUCAAAAACCUUGACCUCUCCCAAAACUUCCUCUUCAAGGAGAUUGGAGAUGCACAGUUUUUGAAGUUUAUCCCCAGCCUUGUAGAUCUUGAUCUCUCCUUUAAUUUUGAAGUGAAGAUGUAUUCUCCAUCCUUGAAUUUGUCUAAGAGAUUUUCUUCCCUCACAAGUCUGGAAACUCUGAGGCUCAGGGGUUAUGUCUUUAAAGAACUGAGAGAAGAAAAUCUAGCUCCAUUGAUCAGGCUUAGAAAUCUAACAGUGUUAGAUCUUGGGACUAAUUUCAUUAAAAUUGCUAAUCUAAGUGUGUUCAGUAAAUUUCCAGCUCUUAAACUCAUAGACCUCUCAGUGAAUAAAAUUUCUCCUUCUUCAGGUGAAAGCAACUUGUAUGGAUUUUGCUCUAACCCUAGCGUUUCUGUAGAGCAGGACAACAGGCAACUGUUACAAGAGAUGCAUUAUUUCACCUAUGAUGUGUAUGGGCGAAGCUGCAGGUCCAAAGACAAAGAGGCUGCAUCCUACCAAUCUCCAAUUAAGGAAGAUUGCCAGAAAUAUGGAGAGACUCUGGAUUUAAGCAGAAACAACAUAUUCUUUAUUAACCCCUUGGACUUCCGUGAUCUUAGUUCCAUCAAGUGUCUCAACUUGUCAGACAAUGCAAUAAGUCAAACUUUAAAUGGAAGUGAAUUUUCCUACCUGUCUGGCUUGAAAUACCUGGAUUAUUCUAACAACAGGAUUGAUUUGCUCUACUCCACUGCUUUCCAAGAGCUAAAAUUUUUAGAGGUACUGGACCUGAGCUAUAACAAGCACUAUUUUCUAGCAGAAGGUGUUACUCACGUGCUCAGUUUUGUGAAAAACUUGGCCCAUCUGAAGAAGCUGAUGAUGAACGAGAAUGAGAUUUCAACUUCUAUUAGCACUGGAAUAGAAAGUGAGUCUCUUCAGAUUUUGGAAUUCAGAGGAAACCGUUUAGAUAUUUUAUGGAGAGAUGGGAAUGUCAUAUACUUGUCAUUCUUCAAGAAUCUGACCAGGCUGGAACAAUUGGAUAUCUCCUUCAACUCACUUAGUUUUUUACCUCAUGAAGUUUUUGAAGCUAUGCCUCCACAACUCAGGAUCCUCAACCUAACCAACAACAAGAUGAAGAGUUUCAACUGGGGACACCUCCAGCAUCUAAAAAAAUUAGAAACUCUGGACCUCAGCAAUAACCUUCUGGCCACUGUUCCCCGGGAAUUGUCUAAUUGCUCUUCAACUCUCCACAACUUGAUGCUUAGAAACAAUCGCAUUCAACAUCUGACCAAACAUUUCCUCAGAGGGGCUUUUAAUUUGGAGCACUUGGAUCUCAGCUCAAACAAGAUCCAAAUCAUUAAGAAAUCUAGCUUCCCUGAAAGUGUCAUUAACAAUCUGAGGAUGUUGCUCUUGCACAACAAUCCUUUCAAGUGCAACUGUGACGCCGUGUGGUUUGUUUGGUGGAUCAACCAGACUCAAGUGACUAUUCCUCUUUUGGCCACAGACGUAACGUGUGCUGGCCCAGGGGCACAUAAAGGAAGGAGUCUUGUUUUGUUGGAUCUGUAUACCUGUGAGCUAGACACCUCAUAUUUGAUCAUGUAUGCUCUGUCUGCUUCUACUGUCCUAGGCAUUAUGGUACUCGCAGUGACAAGCCAUCUUUAUUUCUGGGAUGUGUGGUACAGUUACCAUUACUGCACUGCCAAGUUGAAGGGCUACCAGCGUUUAUCUUCACCAGAUGCUUGCUAUGAUGCCUUUGUUGCCUAUGACAGUGAAGACCCAGCUGUGAAUGAGUGGGUGAUGACAGAACUGGUAGAAAGACUGGAAGAUCAAAAAGCCAGGCAGUUCAAUUUAUGCCUGGAAGAAAGGGACUGGCUUCCAGGACAGCCGGUCUUUGACAACCUCUCCCAGAGCAUUCAGCUGAGUAAAAAAACCAUAUUUGUGCUGACCAACAAGUAUAUUAAAAGUGGCAGCUUCAAGACAACAUUUUACAUGGCCCACCAGAGGCUUCUAGAUGAGAAAAUGGAUGUCAUCAUCUUGAUAUUUCUUGAGAAAGUGUUGCAGAAGUCCCGGUAUGUCCGGCUGAGGAAGAGGCUGUGCAGAAGUUCUGUGCUGGAAUGGCCAACUAACCCUCGAGCUCACCCCUUCUUCUGGCAGUGCCUGAAAAAUGCAAUAGCUACGAGUAAUACUCAGUCUUACAACAAGCUCCUCCAAGAAACUGUUUAGCUCUACACUUUUCUGUAAAUAUUCUUGUGAUGCAAAAAACCCUAAACUUCAUUUGGAGAAACUGUUGAAGCAUGGAGGAUAAAUGUAACUGUGAUGUUGUACCCCAAAAUGAAAUGCACAAUUAGUCCCAAAGCUGAUUGUUCACUUGUUUUGCUAUGACAAGAAUGAGCAGAAACUGUUGCCAGGCAGAUGUUUAGCUGACAUGCACCUUGCUUGGUUUUGAUUGCUGCACAGCAAGAGAAGAUGCACUACCCACUGGAAGCCCUUGGUUUAGAACAGGAUCGCCACUUCCAGCUUUCAGUUCACUGGAGGCCUCCAGCACCUCCUGUGGCUGGGUCAGGUGUGGUGGGUGAGUCACUGGUUCGGCUUACUCUAGUACACAGACUGCUGGAAGGAGUUUGGCCAUGCCUAAAGUUGCUGCUGCUCAGAUCACUCUUUGAGUA